CUUGGAGGAGUCGACAUGGCGGCGGCAUUGCUGCUGGCGCUAGGCUUUGCGCUCCUGGGCGGCCAAGGUGCCUCUGCGGCGGCUGGCUUCCUCAAGGCGCCGCUUUCCCAGGAGCAGUGGGCGGGAGGCAGUGUGGUCCUGCACUGUGAGGCCGUGGGCAGCCCCAUCCCUGAGAUCCAGUGGUGGUUUGAAGGGAAUGAUGCCAACGACAGCUACUCCCAGCUCUGGGACGGCGCCUGGCUGGACCGCGUUCGCAUCCAUGCCACCUACCGCCAGCAUGCGGCCAGCACACUGUUUGUGGACGGGCUCACCGCAGAGGAUACAGGCACCUACGAGUGCCGGGCCAGCAGUGACCCUGACCGCAACCACCUGACCCAGCCACCCAGGGUCAAAUGGGUCCGUGCCCAAGCAAGCGUGGUGGUCCUUGAACCGGGCACCAUCGUAACCUCGGUCCAGGAUGCUGACUCCAAGACAUACCUUACCUGCGUUUUGAACAGCAGUAGCGUCGACGUGGUUGGCCACCGCUGGAUGAGAGAUGGCAAGGUGCUGCAGGAGGACACGCUGCCUGACCUGAAGAUGCAGUACAUCGUGGACACAAAUGACCGCUCUGGGUACUAUUCCUGCAUCUUCCUUCCCGAGCCCGUGGGCAGGGGUGACAUCCGUGUGGAGGGGCCACCUCGGAUCAAGGUGGGAAAGAAGUCAGAGCACUCCAGUGAGGGGGAGAACGUGAGGCUGGUCUGCAAGUCUGAGUCGUCCCACCCUCCUAUCACCGAGUGGACCUGGUUCAAGACCUCUGACUCUGGGGACCAGCUCAUCACCAAUGGCUCCGAGAGCAAGUACAUCGUGAUAUCCACAGCGGAGAAGACAGAGCUGACCAUCACCAACCUCGACAUCAGCAGCGACCCUGGCACCUACAUGUGUAACGCCACCAACGACCAGGGCAGCGUCCAGGAGAGGAUAACACUGCGCGUGCGUAGCCGCCUGGUCGCCCUCUGGCCCUUUCUGGGCAUCGUGGCCGAGGUCCUGGUGUUGGUCACCAUCAUCUUCAUUUAUGAGAAGCGACGGAAGCCAGACCAGACCCUGGACGAGGAUGACCCUGGUGCUGCUCCACUGAAGGGCAGCGGGCAUCACAUGAACGACAAGGACAAGAGUGUACGCCAGAGGAAUGCCACCUGAGUGGCAGAGCAGGCGGGGGUGUGGGCACCUGGACACCUGACCCCAGCCAGUGUCUACCUCCACUCUUGUGUCCCAUCUUGUCCCAACCCGAGCCUACCCACCCCAACCUGGGUGAAGACAGCCUCACCUUGUAGAAAGCCCACCUGGAAGAAGCAAGCCGCCCACAGCACCCCUGUUUCUAGUUUAAACUAAACAAGGUUUCUAUAUAGAGAAUCUGUUCCUUAGGGGUUUUGUUUUUGACUUUAAGCGUGUCAGAUAGCCCCGUGGAGUGCGGGAAUGGGGCCUUGCCCUUGGCCAUGGGGGAGAGACAAGGGUAAGCUCCGACUUCUUGGUGGAGGGAACUACCACCUGGUCCCUGUAUCAGACAGCCCAUCCCCACCAUGGACAACAUGGCUGGGCCUGCUGGGACCCCACAAAUAAAGACCUACCCCGCCA